AAAAAUGAUCCCCCAUUCCAGCUCAAACUCCCUCCAAAGGCAGCUAGACCCGAGAAAGAAGUUGACCCAGAAUAUGAAGAGAAGAUGAAAGCAGAUCGAGCAAAAAGGUUUGAAUUCCUCCUGAAGCAGACAGAACUUUUUGCACAUUUUAUUCAGCCUGCAGCACAAAAAUCACCAACAUCUCCCUUGAAAGUCAAGCUGGGACGGCCACGGAUGAAGAAAGAUGAAAAACAGAGUUUGAUUUCAGCUGGGGAUUAUCGUCACAGACGCACGGAACAAGAGGAAGAUGAAGAGCUGUUGUCAGAGAGCAGAAAAACAUCCAAUGUGUGUAUUCGAUUUGAGGAGUCUCCUUCAUAUGUGAAAGGAGGAACACUAAGAGAUUAUCAGGUUAGAGGUUUGAACUGGAUGAUCUCAUUGUAUGAAAAUGGUGUUAAUGGCAUUCUGGCAGAUGAAAUGGGUCUUGGUAAGACUCUGCAAACAAUAGCAUUGUUAGGCUACCUGAAGCAUUACCGAAACAUCCCUGGGCCACACAUGGUCCUGGUGCCAAAAUCCACCCUGCACAACUGGAUGAAUGAAUUCAAACGCUGGGUUCCGUCGUUACGCGCCGUCUGCCUCAUCGGAGAUAAAGAUGCCAGAGCUGCUUUUAUCCGUGAUGUUAUGAUGCCUGGUGAAUGGGAUGUUUGUGUUACAUCAUAUGAAAUGGUAAUCAAAGAGAAAUCUGUCUUCAAAAAAUUUAACUGGAGGUACCUCGUAAUUGAUGAAGCCCACAGAAUAAAGAAUGAGAAGUCUAAGCUGUCAGAGAUUGUGCGUGAGUUCAAGACAACAAAUCGAUUACUGCUAACAGGAACUCCUUUACAGAAUAACCUCCAUGAGCUGUGGGCAUUACUCAAUUUUCUUUUACCUGAUGUCUUCAAUUCUGCAGAUGAUUUUGACUCAUGGUUCGACACUAAAAAUUGUCUUGGUGAUCAGAAACUUGUAGAAAGACUUCAUGCUGUUUUGAAGCCAUUUUUAUUGCGUCGCAUAAAAGCUGAAGUAGAAAAGAGUUUGCCUCCAAAGAAAGAAGUAAAAAUUUAUCUUGGGCUCAGCAAAAUGCAGAGGGAAUGGUAUACAAGGAUCCUGAUGAAAGAUAUUGACAUCCUGAAUUCAGCUGGGAAGAUGGAUAAAUUGAACAUUCUGAUGCAGCUGCGGAAGUGCUGUAACCAUCCCUACCUGUUUGAUGGUGCUGAGCCAGGCCCCCCUUACACCACUGACACCCACCUCAUCACUAACAGUGGGAAGAUGUUAGUGCUGGAUAAACUGCUAGCCAAACUCCGGGAGCAGGGUUCUAGAGUUCUACUUUUUAGUCAGAUGACUCGCUUGCUGGAUAUUUUGGAAGACUAUUGCAUGUGGCGUGGGUAUGAGUACUGCCGGCUUGAUGGACAGACACCACAUGAAGAGAGAGAGGAAGCAAUAGACACAUUUAAUGCUCCCAACAGCAGUAAAUUCAUUUUCAUGCUGAGUACCAGAGCUGGAGGUCUUGGAAUUAAUUUGGCAACUGCUGAUGUGGUUAUUCUCUAUGAUUCAGAUUGGAACCCUCAAGUAGAUCUACAAGCCAUGGACCGUGCGCAUCGUAUUGGUCAAAAGAAACCAGUACGGGUGUUCCGACUAAUCACUGAUAAUACUGUUGAAGAGAGGAUUGUAGAGAGAGCUGAAAUAAAACUGAGACUGGACUCUAUAGUUAUACAACAAGGGAGGCUCAUAGACCAACAGUCUAACAAACUGGCAAAAGAUGAAAUGCUGCAGAUGAUCCGCCAUGGAGCCACCCAUGUGUUUGCUUCCAAAGACAGCGAGCUGACAGAAGAAGAUAUAACCACAAUUUUAGAAAGAGGUGAAAAGAAGACAGCUGAAAUGAACGAGCGAUUGCAGAAAAUGGGGGAGAGCUCCUUACGGAAUUUCACUAUGGACACAGAGAUGAGCUUAUACAACUUUGAAGGUGAAGAUUACAGAGAGAAACAGAAGCUGAGCAUGAUGGAAUGGAUAGAGCCUCCAAAACGAGAGCGCAAAGCUAAUUACGCCGUUGAUGCUUAUUUCAGAGAAGCUCUACGUGUUAGUGAACCAAAAGUCCCAAAGGCUCCACGACCUCCAAAACAACCAAAUAUUCAGGAUUUCCAGUUUUUCCCACCACGGUUGUUUGAACUUCUGGAAAAAGAAAUUCUGUAUUACCGUAAGACUAUAGGGUAUAAGGUCCCCAGGAAUCCUGACCUCCCAAAUGCAGCUCAAGUACAAAAAGAGGAACAGAAGAAGAUAGAUGAGUCUAUGCCUCUGAAUGCUGAGGAGACUGAAGAGAAAGAAAAGCUUCUGACACAGGGUUUUACAAACUGGAAUAAAAGAGAUUUUAAUCAGUUUAUUAAAGCUAAUGAGAAAUAUGGUCGUGAUGAUAUAGACAAUAUUGCCCGUGAGGUGGAGGGAAAGUCACCUGAGGAGGUCAUCGAGUAUUCAGCUGUUUUCUGGGAACGCUGUAAUGAACUUCAGGACAUUGAGAGGAUUAUGGCUCAAAUAGAACGAGGAGAGGCAAGAAUUCAGCGGAGGAUCAGUAUCAAGAAAGCCCUUGAUGCCAAAAUUGCAAGGUACAAAGCACCUUUCCAUCAGCUGCGUAUUCAGUAUGGGACAAACAAGGGGAAAAACUACACAGAAGAGGAAGACAGGUUCUUGAUAUGCAUGUUACACAAGAUGGGCUUUGACAAGGAAAACGUGUACGAGGAGCUGAGGCAGUGCGUGCGCAACGCUCCUCAGUUCAGAUUUGACUGGUUUAUCAAAUCCAGGACUGCUAUGGAGUUUCAGAGACGCUGCAAUACUCUCAUAUCAUUAAUAGAAAAAGAAAAUAUGGAAAUUGAGGAAAAAGAGAGAGCUGAAAAGAAGAAAAGAGGAGCCAAAGUUACAGCAUCACAGAAAAGAAAAGCAGAUUUGGCUACUGAGAACUCUGGAAAAAAAGAUGCUAAGAAAGUGAAGUCGUGAACCUGAAAACUGAAUGCUAAAUAUAAAACUGCCACUUUCUUCUCUCCAUCUACAAGUAUUACUUGCCAACUUCUUUGUAUUCAUGGUACUCUCCCCCAAAUCCCAUGGUUAAUUUUGCAAAUUUUGUAUACGUUACAAUGUCUUUCUUUAUCUAAAAUGUGUAGCUUUAUAUCUUAUGCAUUCCAGUAUUUUUGUGUACUGUAUUUUGUGAGUUUCAUGUCUUUGGCAAAUUCACUCAGUCCUUGUUUUUUUGAAGCUUGUGCUGAGGUUUUAGCUUUUAUAUGUUUUAUAUGCUGCUGCUUUGAAAGAAAUCCUAGAUUCUAUAGCUGUAUUAUUGUUGUUUCGUAUUUUAAAUUUAUAUGGCUGUUGGAAAAUAAACUGACUUAAUUAUUUGAA